AUCCCAAUCCCCACCCACCACUCACUCACAGAGGGAGAGGCAGAUCGAGAAAGAGACGCAGCAAGAAAAAUUGCCCUCCGUCCUCCUCUCCUCUGCCCGUGCCCUAGAAGUUGUCCACCUCCAGAUCCGUAUCCAUGGGGCGCCACGCCAAAAACAAGAAGAAAUCUUUGGGGAUCCCCUCCGCUCCCGUCCAUAUCUCGGAGCUCUUGCCCGAGAUCUCGGCGCCCUUGCCCGACACCCCCCUACCCACCCGUCAUGGCCAUGUCGAGAUGAAAACCAGUGAUUCCGUAUGGACAAAGGGGGCAACCGGUCCAUCCACGGUCUCCACCGCUCCCGUCCCUGGCCCCGGCGAAUGCGCCGCCUUGUCAUCCCCGCCGCCCCCGCCCCCCCUACCCGCCCGCCGCCUCACUGUCGCAUGGGUAACCACCGCCCGAGGCAAGGACAAGCGCAAGGUCCCCACCGCGGAGCCUCGCCCCGCCGCUCCGCCCCCCGGCGAAUGGGUCGAGGUCGAGCAGCAGCAAGGCUCAAACCUCCCGAGACGGGAGCGAGACCAGCAAGCGCAUCGCGGCCGUCGUCGAGGUCGAGGUCGAGGGCUCCACCUCCCCGCGCUAUCCAGAGUGGGUGAUGCUCAACAAGGCCGCGGGAAUCUCCCCCCGACACCGGAACGAGACCACCGCCGACUCCCACACCAGCCAGGGCCAGGCCGUCGAGGUGUCCUUCUGGCUCGCCGACCCCCCGGCCGUCUCCCACUUCUCCGUCCACUGCCCUGGCCUCCAAGGCGACGAUUUCUCUGACCAGCCGCCGGUCGUCAUCUGCGCCGAAGGACCCUUCGUUCUCUUCAGCCUCACCCUCAACGUCCCUGAAUGGGGCUCAAUCCAUCACUUCGUCUACUCCGCCGGCGGCCCUGCAGGGAGCCCCUCGCUGCGCCUCCUCCCGGUCCUGGACCCCGAGGUUGAAGCCUUCGAAUCCCAGCAGUUUGCCCUCUUGCCCUGUGGCGGCCAGCACUAUGCCGUCGUCUUCCUGGAUCGCAACUGGAUUCCCAGUGAUGAGGUUUGGGAGUAUCAAGCAUACCUCUACUCCUCCAAGAUGCGAGCAUGGAGCACAACAAAGGUGCCCUUGUCACAGUUAUCUGAGACCGAAAAGGCGCUACUUGAUGGACAUUACAGCUGCAAACAGAUCAUGGUCGGGCCAGACUCACUGGGCUGGGUGGAUCUCCUGUGUGGUAUCGUCCUUCUUUGCAACCUCUUCGACGAGAAUCCUGUUAUCAAAUUCAUCCCAUUCCCUUCAACAAGGAUCUGCAUCACAGACGAGGAUGGUGUCGCGGAGAUUGCCGCAGAACACGUAUGCGAUGUCACUUGCUGCGGUGACCUCAUCAAGUUUGUCCAGAUUGAUUUCGAUGAUCCUGACUACGGAAGCAGUGGCAUCGCUUGGAAAGCCACCACAUGGAACAGGAAGCUCAGUUGGAAUGAUUGGCGCAACCGCUGCAUAGUUGAUGUUGCUCAAACGACACGAGUUAUUCUGCUUUGUUGCCUGAGCUGCUGGAUGAUGAGACUCAGCAGCUGCAACUGAAGAAUCUCAUCUUCAUUAACCCCACCAUCAGCACACAAGAUGACACUCGCCUUUACAUGAUGGCCAAGGUGAAUAUGAGAGAUGACACAGCAUGGGUAGUCGCCAUUGACAUGAAGCAUGCGGCUUUGGAGGCACUUGUCCCAAUUUCCACCGAAAGGCACUACACCGUUACGAUGUGCGCUCCGUGUGCCUUCCCCAAGUACCUCAACAACUUCACAGCAGGGGCAGACAUGGCCGAUCAAGUGGGCAAGCACUUUAAGAGGCACAGGAAUCGAGGCCAUAAAAUGGAAAUAUAUGAUGAGCCAGAGCAAGAGAGAUGGAAGCUCGGUCAUCUUCAAGAGGUGGUCUCAAGGAAUCGCCGUUCUGUGUGUUUCGCUUUCUGGGUGAUGGCAUUGAUUGUGAUGCUGGUGACUAGGUAGGAGAGUAGGACACUCUUAAGGAGCAACAUCCUGGUGCUGGGCAUGUAAUCUUGAACAAGUGUGCAAUGAUCGUUUUGGCUGUGGUA